CCAGAAGCAAAAGGAUGCGAGCUUUGAUGUUGAGCGGUCUUGCCAACAUUUCUGCUGCGAGAAUUUCAUACUCGCAGUGACGCGGCUAAGCAAAAGACAUUCAUGCUUCGAUCCAGCUAUCUGGCUACUUCUGCCAUUUGAGAAAAUCUGCGCUCCUCUCGGGCCUGCCUUUCGCUUGAUUCGCCACAGCUCAAACAUGAAGAGUGAUGCGACCAAGUAUGCGACACCUGCGAAAAGCUGUGCAUACAGAUAAGCCCAUCGACCUUGGCUUGGUCGUCUGAGGUAUAGAGCAACGACCUCUGCGAAAGUGCAAGGCAGCACUGUAGUCACCCACUGAAGGGACAAGAACGAUGAAACUUCUGCGAGUCCUGCUACUUCGGCACAGAGAGGGCCGAUAGUCUGCAACACUGUUGUCAGUCCUCGAAGCAUACCUAGCUUUCAUGGAUUACGACUUACUGCCCAGAAUGUGCCGAUUGUCGCGCCAAUGAACAACGCAAAGAAGACAAGCACUCCAUACGAAGUCCUAGGAAUCCACAACACAACAUUAAACAGCGUCGCCAUCGUCGCCACCGGGAUCCUUCCAAAUCGAUCACUGAUCAACCCAAUCGCCGGCCUCCCAAAUGCAGUCCCAAGAUUCAACACAGCCGUCAACACACUCGCCUGACUCUGCGUCAACUCGGCCACCUGCACCGCAUAUUAUGAUUCGACAAACUAUACAAAACACACAUAUACCCCAACAAUCCCACAAAAUUCCACCCCAGCAGCAACAAACAAUCAUACCUCUUCAACAAAUGCCUCGCAAACCCCAAUUGCGGCGGUCUUUUUGUACGAAAAAGUUAUAUAAGCUACUUCUAACUUGGGGUUAGAAGCGGCGUCGCCUUUUACAACAACAACAACAACAAGGAUCUUUUCUCGUCGAAUGCCAGUCGGACCAUGAACUGAGAAGAAAUCGUGAAUCAUCGAGCCUCAGUCGGCAGCGGCGGAUCACUGUAAAUGGGUGAAGGGCUCAUUCCUACGCAUCGCUUCUCUAUGAAGUCCUGCUUGCAUACCAUAGUCGGCGUGGCGCUUCGAGAUCCGAUAUUCUGACACUGCAUUCGCGGCAGAUAAUCGAUCAUCUGUUCCUAAUCCUCUUUUGUAGCGGUGUGCUGGCAUACACGAGUGCAUUG